AUGGACCAUUUCAGCCCUAUGAACAACGAAGAAUUGUGUGAAGAGGCUCAUGAUGUGGCCUCAUCGUUGAUUCUACGAUGUGCACUGAUUCUUAACGUCGUCUGUGCCCUCGUUGCUGUUCCUCUGAUAAUUUUAGUGAUCAGAGCGACACUUGCGCAUAAGCUGGUGCAUCACAAUGUUAAAUGGAUACUGGUAUUCCAUCUUUGCUGUCUGGUAACGCACGACAUAUUCAGGAUUGCCAAUCAUAUUUGGGAUUUGGUAGUCUUUUUUCAAAAGACACCCAAUGAUUGCAAUCUUUACCCGCGAAAUCGAUGUUUAGCUAUUCGGGUACCAAUUAAUGUCACUAUCUAUUUAGCCUACACAACAACUUUUGUAAUGUCCAUCGAAAGAUGUUUUGCGACAUGGAAGCUCAACAGUUAUGGACAAAACAAGAUUGUUGGACCAGUGCUAGUUCUUGUACAGAUUAUCGCAGCCGCUGUUUGUAUGUUUAUUAUUCUAAACGAUACGGCAGAAACGGAGGUGAUGCCAUACUGCUUGCUCACCAGCCUCUCGUCAUCAGCUCUAAUUUUUGGACCCAUUUCCGUCCUGUUGUCACUUCAAAUCGUCGCCGUUAUCGUAUUUGAAGUGCUUAUGCGGAUCAACAGGAAAAAAAGCCAAAGACUUCUCCACGGUCGCAGUCCACAAGUAAGUGAUGGAGUAAUCUCAAGGCUGUACCAAGUCCGAGAAAAUUUGAGAACCAUGAAAACGUUGAUGCUUUUUUUCUUGCUUAGCUGCAUCAACAGUUUCUUCUAUAAUUGUCUCCGUGGAUUUGUGCACUUAAACAAGCCGAAAUUUGCCCGGUCUACAUUCUAUGCACUCAUAGAAGUAAGUAUUCAUCUGCCCCAAUACUCACUCUUACUGCCAGCCGUACUAUGGUACAGUUAUAGAAAAGUUGCAAAGAACGCUGCUGCACGACAUCAAGAAAAGCUGGAUCGUGAUGCACCAGAGAACACGAAGCUACAUUUCAACAUGAUAACUGAAUCUUGGAAAUAA